GCCGGGUCUCCAAGUAACUGCGAUGACACUUGGAUUAUGAGAAAUACCGUGAACUGAGCUUCUUUAUCUUUAAAGAUACAAAUUAACAAUCAAGUUCAAACGUGUCACCUUUUACAGCGCCGUCAUCCGCGCUGAUAACACCUUUCCCAUAAUUGUCCAAUGGAAACUUCCUGCGUCACAUCCGGUCAGCUGUCACUUCCGGAUGCGGUGAAACAGCGGAGAAGUAGGAAAACACCGCAUCUGUGUGGAUUAAUAACGACAGCCAGGGCUGUGUAUAAACGGGGAGGACACGCCAGCAGCGUCCAGAAUGGGCUCGCGGACAGAAGCGUUCACACCGGGAUCUGCGUUUUAACGGCGCUUUACGUCACAGCGCGAGCCCGCUUUUACCGAGCAGCCGUAUUUGUGUCUUCUUGCUAGCUUAAGCCAGCGUAGCGUUAGCUGGGACGCGCAGAAAAACAGCGUCUCUCCGGGAGGCGAGGGGAAGACUUGUCCCUACUGUUGGUCUUCAUCGGUCACUCCUUCGGACAGAGGGACAAGGGGCACAGAGGGACAUCUCUGUGUUCGUGUAUAAAGUUAGUUUCGGUCACUUUGAGGGCAGGACUUUUAUUGGAAACGAGUCUCCCAAACUGAGAAGUCGGGAUCUUAAACUAAAACCAGCUGCUGGUGUUUUUAUUUAUUUAGCUCUCCAGGACGCGUUUGGAGAGAAAAGCGCGUCGUUCGUCUGUCCCAGCGCAUAAAAUGAGUGGAAUGUGGCGUUCAGGGACUACAAAGGAAAGCCAGCAGACACUUUGUAAAUAACACUUCCCUGUCAGCCGGAAGGCUCCAGCUCUUUUUCCUUGUUCAGCUGACAGGGCUGCAGGCAGCGUCCCGAGUUUGAAUUUGGGUCAGGCUGAAGGAAGACUUCCUUGUUUGUUUCGUUUCAGCACAGCUCGUUUCUCUUUGACCAGGCUUCAACUCAACAGUGAAGGAUGAAUGGCCUCUCUCUCAGUGAGCUCUGCUGCCUGUUCUGUUGCCCGCCUUGCCCGAGCCGCAUUGCAGCCAAGCUAGCUUUCCUGCCCCCAGAACCCACGUACACCUUUCUGCCAGACCCAGAGGCGGGCCCUGCUGCGUCAGGGGCGACGGGGACAUCCAGCCUGCGGGCGCGGAGCGGCGCUUCGGUUGCUGGAAGCGGGGGGACCGGGGCCGUAGAGGGGGGAUGGAAGCUUCACCUGACGGAGCGAGCAGAGUUUCAGUACUCUCAGAGAGAGCUGGACAUGACGGAGGUGUUUCUCACUCGAUCCAGCCGAGGGAACCGAGUCGGCUGCAUGUACAUUCGCUGCGCUCCUAAUUCCAGGUUUACGGUGCUUUUCUCCCACGGCAAUGCAGUUGACCUCGGCCAGAUGAGCAGUUUCUACAUCGGCCUCGGCACUCGCAUCAACUGCAACAUCUUCUCUUAUGAUUACUCGGGCUAUGGCGUCAGCACCGGCAAGCCCUCCGAGAAGAAUCUGUACGCAGACAUAGAUGCUGCCUGGCACGCCCUGCGUACACGGUAUGGCAUAAGCCCGGAGAACAUCAUCCUGUAUGGGCAGAGCAUCGGUACAGUUCCCACUGUAGACCUGGCGUCACGGUACGAGUGUGCCGCCGUGGUUCUUCACUCGCCUCUAACAUCUGGUAUGAGAGUAGCGUUUCCUGACACAAAGAAAACCUACUGCUUCGACGCUUUCCCCAACAUUGAGAAAGUGUCCAAAAUCACUUCCCCAGUGCUCAUCAUCCACGGCACGGAGGACGAGGUGAUCGACUUUUCCCACGGCCUGGCCUUGUUCGAGCGCUGCCCGAAGGCUGUGGAGCCUCUCUGGGUUGAGGGAGCGGGACACAACGACAUUGAACUCUACAGCCAGUAUUUGGAGCGCCUGCGCCGCUUCAUAGGACAGGAGCUGGCGGUACAGCACGGCUGACCAUCAACACUACGCUCGUCAUAAUUACCAUAUUUCCCGGUCCGCUCAAAGCACCUCACCUCCUUUUGUCUGAGAUGGAAACCAUCUGACCCGUCUUAACCGUCCUGUGUGACGUGUGCACAUACUUCAGGACGCAGUUCACCUUUAAUGGACCGUGGAUCAUUUAGACGCAGGGGAAAAGAGGCGUCUCUUCAUAAUCACAGUGGAGACUGUUGGGGUUUGUGUUUGUUUGUGUGUCUUUUAGCAGAAACUUUAAUAGUGCAGAUGCCUGUACUGUGCAAUAACAUGAAAAAGAGGGAAAGGUUUUCACUGAUAGAUGAAAAGUAGAACAACGAAGUGAUCACAUGACCUGGAAAGCUCCUGUCACCACCUCAGCGUACACUUCGAGUGGAACUUCAUUUCUGCUAGCAGCUUUUUAUUAGAGGACUUUUGUUGAAGCAGGUAUUAUGUUUCAUUGAAUUAUUGCACCUGUACAGUUAAAUUGAAGCCAAUUUAAACACAAUAUAUCAUGUUUUAAAGGUAUUCGUUUACCUGCAUUUUGUUGGCGCAGACUGCAUCAUCUUUAAAAUCGUUUCUAACUUUCAUCACGAAGGUUUGAAACCGCUCACAGCUUUUAAUCUUGGGAAAAUUAUGCUGACAUAAAUAUGAGUUUAUAUUUUGCGUCUUUAAUCUUGUUUUUACGUAUUGAACUUUUCGCUCAGGUAACUUUUUCGAGUGUUCGCGAUUGUUUACCGCGCGGACAGCUGAAACGCCUCAGAAGAUUUCAUCCAGCCUAAAAUCUGUCCUUCCAACGAAGCGUUCAGCCGAACUUUGAUCCUAAAUCUGAGCUGCAGUCCAGACCUCCAGUUUGCUGAGCCGUCGAUGCCCCCUCGCGCACACAUCUGUGUCCCACUGCUGCUGUGGGAUUGACUGUAUGAAAGAAAGACGUUGAAGAGGCUCAGAUGGAAAAUUCCUCCAGUUCUUUCAUUUAAUGGAAUGCGUUCAAGUCCAUUAGCCCCGUCCGUUUCUUUUAGCCUUGUUUAUGUCUCGCACUGCUGGGUCACAGCUGUCGGCCUGUUCCUGCUCCUCACGGUGCGCAGAGACAAGGAGAGCAACACUAAAGUUCAACACAUUACUCACCUGCACCCCGUCAUCAGGGAUUGUUUUUUUUAGUGAAGGCAGGGGAAGUAACCACAUUCAGGUCCACAUUCUGAUAGUUCCCCAGUUUCGCAGGAACAUCUGUGUGAUCAGAGCACAUGUUCUUCUUUGAACAUGUCAGCAGAUUUAUCAGAGUUAAGCAGGAACACUAACACCAGGCACCAUUUUUGUCAAACACUAAACAGAUUAGUGUUUCAUCUCCAUAAUUUAGCCUUUAUAACAGCUGCUUGUAUUAUUAUUCUGUCUAUGUAUACAAACCUGCAUAAUGAUUAAAGGGGACCUGUUAUGCUUAUAUCCAUUAUUAAACAUCACCAAGUUUCAGACGAUCUGGCGAGUCGAGGUCAGACUGCUCAGAUCCUGACUCUGGUUCUGUGUGAUGUCACUGAGAGCCAUUGUUUAUUAUGAUCUCAGAAAACUGAUCACGUCCUGAA